AUGGUUCAUGUCGAGCGCAACUUUGCUGGAGAUCCUCAUGCGCUGUAUGGAUACUGGGGUCCGCCGACGAGUAUAGCCAACUUUUGCGAAGAAGACUACUCCAUCACCUACUAUAUCGGUGAAUUUGUCAACGCUUUCACCAACCUGGCAUAUGUCUACUGGUCCAUUCAGACCCUUUUACCAGGCGAGAGCCUCCUCUCGACGACGGCAUUCCCAAAUCUCGCUCUCUUCUUCGUGGGCGUCACGUCCUUCCUGUUCCAUAUGACCCUGAAAUAUGCCACUCAAAUAUGCGACGAUCUGUCCAUGUUCUGGGUAUGCGCCGCUAUCAUCUACGAGCUGUACACCAUCGACCUAUCGGGUCCAGCAAGCUUCGCCAUCGGUUCCUUAUUAACAGCCGUCCUAGGAGUCAUCAGCGCCAUUCAUUAUCAAUCGCACCAACUGUGGCUGCACAAUCUGGCUUUUGUUAUUCUGGUCACCGCCAUAUGGCCAAGGGUGUUGUAUCUCAUCCGGCAGCGGUUCCAAGGUGAAGAAAAACGGUAUUGGGUCGGGAAAUUCCGAGUCGGUGGCUUGUCCUUCCUCGCCGGCUUCAUCGUGUGGCUGAUCGACGGUGCAUAUUGUGAAGUGUUACGAGGCACCAGAGGCUUCAUGGGAAUUCCCCUGGGAUUCUUGCUCGAAUUGCACGGCUGGUGGCAUAUUUUGACAGCCAUUGGAGCGGCGUAUUGUAUCCAGGUGACCAAACAAUUGACGAAACGAUCUUCAUGA